AUGAGUGGAAAAAAAAAAAAAACUCAAAAAAAACUCAAAAAAAUUCAAACACCGAUAUUCCCAUCAAUCAACACCAAUCCACGAUUAACACCCAUUGCCCCUCCAUUGGUUUCGAUGAUUCUUCUUAUUGAUUCAUACGAUUCUUUUACUAAUAAUCUUGCUCAUUUAUUAAAAGAAAGUACUGGGCAAGAAGUAAUAACUAUUCAUAAUGAUUCAUUCAAACCUAAUGAAUAUGAAACUUUUUAUACCCAAUAUCUUCCAUUGUUUCAAUUCAUAGUAAUUGGUCCAGGACCAGGACAUCCAGCAAUUGAAUCUGACAUUGGAAUUAUUAGUUGGUUAAUUAAAAAGUUUCAACAACAACACCAAGAAAAUGAUAAUAAUGUUGUACCUAUAUUGGGGAUUUGUCUUGGAUUUCAAAGUUUAUGUUAUGAAUUUGGUAAUGAUGUAUCAAGAUUACAGAAAGUGAAGCAUGGUCAAGUUUAUGAUAUUUAUCCUGUAUCCAAGAGUGAAUUGUUUCCUGAUGAUGAAUCACCAUUUGGAAGUGUUAGAUAUCAUUCAUUGUAUGUUGAGAAUACUAAUGAUGAGAUCAUCCCCUUGGCUUAUUGUUAUGAACCACUGGAAACUGAUUCACAAGAUAAGCAGAAACAGAAGCAGACAAAUAAAAUUUUGAUGGCAAUGAAACAUAAGAAGUUCCCAUUUUAUGGAGUUCAAUAUCAUCCAGAAUCUAUAUGUUCAUCUAAAGGUUCAGAUUUGAUCAAAAAUUUUAAUGAUAUUGCCCAACAAUACAAUGAAAUAUAUAGACCAAACGUAUUUAAACAAAAUAAAGUAUCAAAUUGGUUGGAUAAUCAUGCCGUUCAUGAAGAUUAUUUAAUUAAAGAUGGUAAAUUUAUUUCAAAUGAAUUACACAAUAUUUAUUUCCAGAAAUUACAAUUGGAUAAAGAAAUAUUACCCAUUGAUGUAUGUGAUUAUUUUUACCAACAGAAUAGCGACGACAAAUGUAAUUUCAUAUUAUUAAAUUCAGCGUCAAUACCUGGUGAAUGGUCAAUUAUUGGGUUACCAACUAUUGGAGAAAGUGAAAUUAUCACUCAUUCAGUCGAUGAUGAGAAUCACAUUUAUUUAUCACAAUUUGGAUCUAAAACCAAUGAAAAACAAACGUUAGACGGCACCGACACAGUUUGGAAUUUCAUUGCCAAUAAAAUGCAAAAGGCAUAUAUAUCACGUGAAACAAUCAAACUGAAAUUGAAUGAUUAUGGCAAGCGUGAAUUACCAUUUUGGGGAGGUUAUAUGGGUUUAAUUUCAUAUGAAGAAGGACAACAUGUGAUAAUCAACAAGAUAUCCAAUAUUUGCCAAAAUGGAACAACAACAACAACAACAACAACUCCAGAUUUGAAAAUGGUGUUUAUUACCAGAUUUAUAGCAUUUGAUCACGUGACAAAGAAUUGGUUUAUUGUUGCUAUUAAUGACAAUGAUGGUACUAAUUGGGGUCAACAAAUAAUAAAUGAUUUGCAUAAAGUUGAGAAGAUCAACCUUGAUAAUAUUCCAGAUUCAGUCAAUAAAUUGGCUACAAAAGGUGAUGAGGAUUUAAUUGAUUUUGAAUUACCAAAUCGUGAUAUUUAUAAGAAACAAUUCAAUCAAUGUCAAGAAUAUCUUCAUUCCGGUGAUUCAUAUGAAUUAUGUCUUACUACUCAACUGAAAAUUCAUUUACCCCUGUAUAUACAACCAUGGGAUAUUUAUAAAGUGUUGACUCUUCAUAAAAAUCCUUCACCAUUUUCUUGUUUUAUGGAUUUUGAUGAUUGUUGUUUGAUUUCUUCAUCUCCAGAAAGAUUUUUAUCUUGGAAAGAUGAUAUUACACUGGGCAACAACAACAAAAUAGUUCAACUUAGACCUAUCAAGGGGACAGUGAAAAAUACUGAUGAAAUAACUCAUGAAAUUGCCACCAAGAUCCUUAAAACACCGAAAGAAAUGGGUGAAAACCUUAUGAUUGUUGAUUUGAUUAGACAUGAUUUAUAUCAAUUUACUGAUGAAGUUGAAGUUUCCCAAUUAAUGACAGUUGAAGAAUAUAAAACGGUUUUCCAAUUGGUUAGUGUUAUUCAGGGGAAACUUUAUAAAGAAGGAUAUCAUGGAAUUGAUCUUUUACAUCGAUCAUUACCACCAGGAUCAAUGACGGGGGCACCAAAGAAAAGAUCAGUAGAAUUAUUACAAGAUAUUGAAUCGAUGCAAAAAAAUUUUGUUGGUGGUAGAAGAGGGAUAUAUAGUGGUGUUGUUGGAUAUUGGUCAAUCACUGAUGAUUCCGAUUGGUCAGUUAUUAUAAGAUCGGUUUUCCAUUAUUCUAAUGAUAAAGAAAACAACCCUAAAACCAAACUUUGGAGAAUUGGAGCAGGUGGUGCCAUCACGGUUUUAAGUGAUGUGGAUGAUGAAUGGGAUGAAAUGAUGUUAAAGUUGACUAGUGCAUUACAAGCAUUCAAAUAG